AGAUAUGGACAAUGUCAAUGGUGCAUUAUUUGAAACCAUCGUAGCAGGUACUGUGACUACCAAAUCACACCUUGACUGUUUCAUCCUGCUUAUGCUUAACUACCCGGAUGUCCAAGAGAGAAUUAUUGCGGAGAUACAAGGUGCAAUCCAUGCAGAUAAACUUCCAACUCUAGCCGACCGUGAAAAACUGCCGUUCACAGAGGCAGUAAUAUUGGAAAACUUUCGAUUCAUGUCCCCGGUUCCAUUAUGUAUUGCCCAUAAGACCACAUGUGAUACAAGUCUCGGGCAAUAUAAAUUGCCUAAAGAUACAGAGAUUUGGACGAAUGUAUGGGGAGCCCAGCAUGACCCCCGUUACUUCACCGACCCCCUUACUUUCAAGCCAGAAAGAUUUCUGGAUGGUGAUGGCAAGGCUUACAAGCUAGCAGAUGUCAAAUCAUUAUUCCCCUUUGGAAUUGGGAAGAGAUCAUGCCCUGGCGACAAAAUAGCAUUGGACAGAAUUUUUCUAUUUGUCACAAAUAUGAUGCACAAAUUGAGAUUCGUCCCUGUCGACAAGGAUAAUAUCCCGUCGUGUGACCUGAAGACCUUUACGAUUGCUAUCACCUAUCAAACGAAGCCUUUCUAUGUGAAAGUAGAAC